AUGAGAACAAGAUGGUGGAGGUCAAGACGGGCAUCUGCGGCCUCGACACCGACGACGGGCAAGGGCAAGCAGAUCCACCUCAUCCAGAUGCUGCUCCUGCCCUUCGUGCCCAUCAUGGCCCUCAUCAUCCAGAACUCCAUCAACAUGGUCAGCAUCCUCGAGUACCAGAACGACAUGCAGGAAACCAUCGACCAGGUCCAGAUCAGCACGGGCCUGGGCAACGUGACGGAGGCGCUGCAGUCCGAGCGCGCCGAGAUCGCCUUCUACCUCUUCACCAACGGCUCCAUCAUCCGGAGGAACCUGUCGGAGCACUUCGCCUACACCAACUCCCUCAUCGAGAACCUCAUCUGGCCCUCCUUCAGGAUCGACGACCAACUGUUCCAGAACAAGAUCCUGUUCCGCAUUCGCCUCGACGACUUCCGGGACAAGAUCACCAAGUUCGACACGCCCAACAUCGAGGCCGGCAUCGCCUUCUACAACAGGGCCAACUACAUCUUCCUGGACCAGCUGACGCGCGAGAUCAAGGAGAAGGACGCGUCGGGCGUGUGGCGGCCGCUCCUCGCCUACAAGAACAUGAUCCGCGCCAUCGAGCACCUGGGCAUCUCCAUGGUGUUCGGCGAGCAGUACUUCGGCAGAGGAGACCUGGACCAGAGCUCCUACAUCGCUUUCGUCACCAACGACGCCCUGGGCCAGGACUUCCUGAACGCGUCCCAGAACUUCGCCUUCUGGAUCGGGACGCGGUACCAGGCGCUGCAGAAGGACUACCCGUGGUACUCGAACAUCACGCGCCGUCGCCUGGAGAUCCUGGGCCGCGAGAAGAUCCAGCCCGACUUCGAAAAGGCCACCGAGUACUUCUACGCCAUGCUGGGCUACCUGGACGCCCUGCAGAAGGUGCAGUACGAGAUCAGGUUCGUGCUGGCGGAAGGAGACUUUUUGUUCCGUGCUUGGCAUUCAUUCAACGCCGCUGAGGCCGAAUCGCCCCUUGCUCCUCCCGCAACCCUUCUCCAACGCCGCGUCUCCCUCUCCGGCAGGAAGACGAUCGAGCAGACCAUCGUGCGGGAGGUGCAGGCCUCCAACAGCCACGUGGUCAUCGGCAUCGCGCUCCUGGCCGUCGUCCUCAUCAUCUCGCCUGUCAUCAUCAUUCUCGUGCGGAUGAUCACCAGGACCCUCCAGGCCUUCUCCGAGACGCUGCUGCACAAGACGCACGAGCUGAGGUUCGAGAAGAAGCGCUCGGACAAGCUGCUGUACCAGAUGCUGCCGUCCAGCGUGGCACACAGCCUGCGCAUUCCACAAAACGUGGCUGCAGAGACCUACUCGGCCAUCACCAUCUACUUCAGCGACAUCGUCGGCUUCUCCGAGAUGGCCAACCAGAGCACGCCCAUGCAGUCAUCUCCUCAUGAACGCCUAGUGACCCUCCUCAUUCCCUUGCUUCGCCAGGUCAUCUCCCUCAUGAACGGCCUAGUCAUCUCCCUCAUGAACGGCCUAGUGACCCUCCCUCAUUCCCUUUGCUUCGCAGGUCAUCUCCCUCAUGAACGGCCUAGUGACCCUCCUUCAUCCUUUGCUUCGCAGGUCAUCUCCCUCAUGAACGGCCUAGUCAUCUCCCUCAUGAACGGCCUAGUGACCCUCCCUCAUUCCUUUGCUUCGCAGGUCAUCUCCCUCAUGAACGGCCUAGUGACCUCCUCAUCUUUGCUCGUCAUCUCCCUCAUGAACGUGCUCUACAAGAUGUUCGACUCUCGCAUCGACUGCUACGACGUCUACAAGAUCGAGACGAUUGGCGACGCCUACAUGGUGGCCUCGGGGCUCCACAUGCGGGAGGAAGGUAAGGACCACGCGGCCGAGGUGGCAGCCAUGGCCAUAGACCUGCUCCAUGGCACUGAGAACUUCGUGAUUCCGCACAUGCCCGGGGAACGCCUGCAGAUCCGGAUCGGCAUCCACACAGGCCCCGCCGUUGCUGGGGUCAUCGGGACCAAAAUGCCGCGCUACUGCCUCUUCGGCGACUCCGUCAACCUCGCCGCCAAGAUCGAGGCCACGGGACUACCCUUCAAAAUCCACAUUUCACAAGACACCAAAGACUGCCUCGAUCGUGUCGGAGGAUUUAUCGUCAAGCUUCGUGGAGAAUUGGAAAUUAAGGGGCGCGGCGUCAUGGACACGUACUGGCUGACGGGCAAGCACGGCGUCCUCCCCGACCGCCGCAGGUACUCCGUUCGGGACGACGACGAGUUCAUGGCCGACAAACCCGCAGUCGGACGCCCCGCGCGGCGGCAAGAAGUCCAAGGACCAGUCCUCGGGGGCCAGCAAGCCUCCUUCAUCAGGAAGACUUUCAACAUCUGCAAGGAGUUCCUGGGCUGA